AUGUCGGCUUGCUCCUAUUGCCGGGCUGCUUUUUCAGUUCCGUCCACACUGCCCAUCUUACCAGAGUCCUGGCGGUAUUUCGUUGGGUCUAUCGGCACUCGCUCCCCUACAUAUUACUUCCAGCUCAGUCGAGAUGCGGCGGAUUCCUGGGACACAAUUGGCUUGCCACAUCAUUCCAGCCCUGAUUCUCUAACGCAGUCUUCACGCGACUGUCCUCUCUGCCGGCUCAUCUUGCAAAAGUUUGAGGGCUUGGUUGCCGAGUUCCGAGAGGUAGAGCCAGGCUCAGUCGAGAGAUACUUUCAGAUCGAGCGUGGAGGCCAUGGGUUGCCAGUGGAAUCAACUUUCAAGAUCGUGCGGCGCUUUGAUGGAGGCGAUGGAUUUUCGGUUCUUACAAAUAGCAAUAGAGGCAGCGUUUUAUAUCUGGUCGCCGUGAUCGGAUUCUCUGCGGAGCGCGAAUACUCUAGCUUCAUUCCAAGUCAAAAAAUUGGCCCAGAUGCUGCAGCUGAGGGGCCUUUGGAGUUGGCAUCCGGCUGGCUGGAUGAUUGUGUGACGAACCACCAGUGCUGUCAGCCUCCAACCGGCGUGUUGCCCUCCCGCGUCAUUGACCUCAAUCAUCUCGAUGAUCUGGACAUGGUCUGUCUUGUUGAAACCGACGGCAGCCAGAAAGGUCGCUACAUCGCGCUCAGCCACUGUUGGGGAACCAAUACCUCAGGGCACAUAAAGAUGACUCGGGACACCCUUCCAGACUAUGUUGGCGGCGUUGCGGUAGAGAGCCUCCCAAAAACAUUCCAAGAUGCUAUCAAAGUCACGCGUCGUCUUGACAUUAGAUACCUCUGGAUCGAUUCGCUAUGUAUUUGCCAAGACGACGGCGACGACUGGGCACGGGAAUCCGCAGCUAUGGGGGAUCUCUACGCCAAGGCCCACUUAGUGAUUGCUGCCGAUGGCGCCGACAGCAUAACGAAGGGCAUUUUCCAAAGGCAAGAAAGGUACUACGUACCCGUGAAGUUGGCUGUCUUAUCUCCGCAUGAGGGAGCUGACCAGGGGUCCACGACCAUCCCCGCGUUGGCAUAUGAUGCUCCCACGCUUCCAGCUAUCUCUCAACGCACUUUACUCGAGCUUUUCGAUGAACCCCUCAUGUCCAGAGCUUGGGCUCUCCAGGAGCGUCUUCUUGCAUACCGGAUACUACACUUCGCAUCUGAUCAGAUCUUCUUUGAGUGUAAUAGCCACUUUGUAUCAGAAGACGGCGCUGUGGUCCCGGGUCGCUGGAACUCGAUAUAUCAAGAACCUGAGCCGUCGUCUACCCAGAUUGCUCGCAUGUCUAGACACAGUGAAAUUCACCAGCUGUGGUAUUUUAUUCUAGAAAACUUUACGGGGCGGAACAUGACCUUGGAAACUGAUCAGCUUCCGGCUAUUUCGGGGUUGGCGAGUCUCAUUAGGGGAAAGUUGAGGGCCAAAAGGGCUUCGGAUGGUGGCAUUGAAACCUCAGCUGGCAUCAAGUAUGUAGCUGGACUCUGGAGUGACGCCAUCGUGGAAGGUCUAGGCUGGCAAAGUCUUGGCAAGAAAAAACACAACCACCAUUUACCAGACGAGUUACCUCUGUCAGGAGAGACGGGAUAUAUCGCGCCGACGUGGAGCUGGGCGUCAUAUAGUGGGAAGUCGGCGCACGGAACAACGAGACUGGGCUGGGUGGACGUGGCGACGGCCACUGACUGGAGCGUGACGCUGAAGAACGACCAAAACCCAUUUGGAGAGCUGACGGAUGGCUGGGUCAGACUGAGAGCUCCCAUGCUGAAGCUACAUCUGAGCGAGCUGCCGGAGCGAAACGAGGCGGAGCUGCCGGAGGGCUUUCGCCCCAACAUCCGGCUAUGCUCGUCCCAGGGCGACCCGUUCGGAGUCUACUCGAGCUUCGAUGGGGUCUUGGGGCAGGCGGAGGAAACGAGAAGAUGGGCGCUAGAGAAAGAGUUCUUUGCGCUGGUUCUGUCAAAGACGCAGUCUUUGAAUGCCGAUUCUGACAAGGAGGGCUGGACAUAUACCACACUCAUUGUGGAUGCUGUCGCCUCGGUGAGCCCAACGCCUUCUGGGGGCAAACGAUUCAGGAGGCUGGGCAAGCUGGUGAUUGGCUCAAAGUCGUUGCAUGGAGAUGAGGAGGUGAUUGAUGCCCCCGAGACAUACUCAGACGUUGUUCUGGUCUAG